UUUAAACACAAAGUUGUCAGCCCCUUAAAUUCUAUUCUCUCUCUUCUCUCUUUUUUUACCAUGAAUUCUGCUAUUGCAACCAGAAAGUAUUAUCAUAAUACACAACCAUUAGAUUUACCUCCAACACCUUCUUCUUCUUCUUAUAACGAGAAAACAAAUAAUAAUAUUUCUAUUCCUGGAUAUGGUUCCAUUGGGUCUAGUUCUCGUAUAGAAGGCAUGCAAACAACUGUAAGUUCCAAUGAUGAUGAAGGAUUAUAUUUGUUAUGGACACACCAACUCUUGAGAGAACGUGGAUUUGUUCCCUCUCCAUGUUGGCUAAAUGAAGAAGAUUAUACAGAUGAUACCCAUAUAAUAGAUGAUGAUGACAGCAGUGUGUCAGGUGAUGAAGAAGAUCCUUACGAAAAAAAGCGUAGAUUGUUCUCGCCCACCGUCUCAUCCGGUCAUAAUGAGCAUUUAUAUAGCUAUCAAAGCUCUCUCAUGUCUCAAAAUUCGAUACCUUCUUAUAUGAGUCAGCAUAGACAAGAAGAACAAGAAGAAGAGCAAGGCCAUGCUUUUCGUGGCAUAUUUUCAACAUGUUUCGGCAAAUGUAGCUAAAUUUAAAUAUGUAUAUAUAAUAAUAAAAGAUCAAGCAUACGUUUAAACAGAUUCUUAUUUAUAAUUAAU